CGGAUUUUGUCAACACAAACAGCCAGCGGUGAAGUUUGGACGCCUGCCUCUGCUGUUAUUUGUUGUUUGGCUCUGCAGAGCUGAAUGAGGUGCAGCCUCCUGCCAGGUCUGUUUGGUAAGUGCUGCUGCUGCCAGGAUGGGCCAGCAGCUCUCAGGUCAGGCGGUGAUGACCCGUCUGCCUGAGAAGCUGGUGAAACACGUUGGGCUGGUACGUGAGAGCGGCUACCUGACCUACGAGGAGUUUUUAGCGAGAGUGGCCGAACUUAACGAUGUUACGGCCAAGCUAGCGUCUGGACAGCAGAAGCACCUGCUGUUUGAGGUGCAGCCAGGAUCUGAUGCCACGGCCUUGUGGAAGGUGGCUGUCAGGGUCCUCUGUACGAAGAUCAACAAGGAGAACGGUAUGGUGGAAGCAUCACGCAUCAUGAACCUGUACCAGUUCACCCAGCUGUACCGAGACAUCACCAGCCAGGCUGCUGAGGUGCUGUCUGUAGAGGGCGCCACCGAGGGCCCGUCUGCCCAGCUCCCUUCCACAGAGUCCUGCCAGGCCAGCAUGUGGAUGGGCAGAGUGAAGCAGCUGACAGAUGAGGAGGAGUGCUGCAUCUGCAUGGACGGAAAGGCCGACCUUAUUCUGCCCUGCGCUCACAGCUUCUGUCAAAAGUGCAUUGAUAAAUGGAGUGGGCAGAGCCGAAAUUGUCCGAUAUGUCGCUUGCAAGUGACUGCUGCCAAUGAAUCGUGGGUAAUGUCUGAUUUCCCCACAGAGGAUGACAUAGCUGGCUACAUCCUCAACUUGGCUGAUGAAGCGGGCCACCCACACAGGCCUUAAUGCACGGCACAUUGAGGCAAUAGAUGACAAGAGAAAUCGACCUGCACCAAGCAGACUUAACAUGUAACACAAAAAGUCACAUUCACUGAGGAGGAGAUUUUCCCCAAAAAGAUUACAACGCAGAAGAAACCGGCAGGUUUUCCUACUCCUUUAGUUCUCAGUGACAGGUUUGGAAAAUAAAAACCUUGUGUCUUUUAAGUCCUAAAACAAAAAAAAUCCCAGGAUGCUCUUUGUAACCCAAGUAAUUGUUGAUGCUUUAUGGGAACUGUGUGUGAUAAUCCGUUGUCUGAAGUGAAAAUUCAGUAUUUGCAAUAUGUUAUAAUACGUUAUAAUUUAUUGAUUUAACACACAGAUAACCAGGAGGACAUGUUUUUUGGUAAAUUUUAACUGUAGGAAGAUGUUUGGUGGGAUUAACUAGGCACUCAGAGUCCUUUACAGGUCGCAUUUUCAAGACCCAAACCAGCACCACGACAUGCCAUACCGCCCACGUCCUCUGCACAUAUGACCUAUUAGUUAAUUUGCUUGACUCAAAACUGCAAAUCCUAUAAUUACCAUGAAAUGUUUAAAUCAUUUGGUUAGGCAGUAUGAUCAAAGUGAUCAACUUGGGUCAUCCCAUACAUGUGAAACAAAGGUAUUUCAAGAAAUACAAUUUUAAUUAAUAUUUUUGCCUAUUCUCCUAUUUGCCUAUUCAGCAAAUUUUCACAGUUAACUUGCCCCGUUAGUGAAACACUGGAAUGAAUUGAUUUGAAUUGAUCAAUUUCCAGGUGGUGCAGAACACAUAAUUUCAGCAGGGGAUUAAAAUGUUAUUACAUUACAUUACAAUAUACUGCCAUUUUUCUCAAUUAAUUGCAAUAUAUUUAUCAUCCAACACCCAGGAUCCAACCCGCACUUUUUUUUUUUUUCACACAGAACUGGACCUGGAAAUAAAACUAAGACAAAAUGCCACCGCAAAUCCAAUUUUUUUGCCCAUGGUUACCCGAGCUUAUGCAGAACUCUGAUCCUGCAUCGGCUCUUAUAUCUGGCGAGGGUUGACAAGUGUAACACAUAUAGUUCUACUUUUCAAAUUUAAAUGAAUAGUUCGACAUUUUGGAAACUAAAUGUCGAAAAUUUAUUCGCUUCCUUGGGGAGAAUUAUAUGAUAAUACUCAUAUCACUCUAAUGUUUGUACUAUAAACAUGAAGCUACAGCUUAGCUUAGUUUAGCUUAGCUUAGCUUAGAAAGGAAAUGGUGCAAAGAGCUUGCCUGGGUCUGCUCAAACAUAACAAAAUCCACACGUUAUAUGUUUGUUUGUAUACCUUCUUUCUGGUAUGGUUAAAUAAGUGGGAUAUGACUUAUUACAGCGACCUUGUUACGUUUGCCAGGCUAGCUAUUUCCCCCUGCUUCUAGUCUUUGUGCUAAGCUAGGCUAAGCUAGCUGACCCCUGGCCUUUUAUUUAACAGACAGAAAUGAGAGUGGCAUCUGUCUGGUUUUAAGUGCAAACCUAAGACAAAGAGCUGUGUAAAACUGAAUUUAUUUUCCACUUGAAAAGCUAUUCUGUAGUCUGUGCAAUGUAGCCCUGCAUGUUUAUACUCCACAUGACAUGCCUUAUGAGCCGUGUUAUGUGAACCAGAUAUGAACAGAUGUUCUGAUCCACGUCAGAGCCUGACAGAGUGACUGAUUAUUGUCUUUUGGGUGUACAGAACUAAAUAGUUUUAUAUGAUUUUAAAUGACUUGGCUUGCUGUGGCAUCUUCUAUACUGUUGGAAAUAACCACUAUUUGUCGUCUAUGCUAUUCUCAGCUUUUACUUUGUAUAUAGUUUUUAAUUUACCAUAAUUUUAUUUUGGUUAUUUUAAUCUGAUUGCUGUAUUAGUAAUGUAGUUUACACUCCCAAAACAGCCAGUCUCAUCUUUGCUUUGCUUUGCUUUGUCAUGCCUUUGAGUAAACAUAACUGAUUUAUUAAGAUAGGCAGCUUUUCAGUUACAAAGGAGCUCUUGUAUAUUUCAAGUAACAUAGAAUUUAAAACCACAAAAUAGUUUUAUUUUAGAUAAGUAUUUCUGUCCUGGUUCUCGGAUCACAUGAAUCACAGUCAGCACUGUCAGUUUAAGAGGAUGGAGGGUCGUGAUUUAUGAGGACUAGAUCUGGACUGAAGUAUUUCAGAAAAUGUGAAAAUGUAUAUACCCUAAUUCUCAUUAGGGUGAUAAAUAUCUAUUUUACUGAAAUGUAAUGCAUUAUUUAAAGUUAUAAAGACAAA